ACGUGUAUGUACACUGCUCAACGGCCAAUUUCACCUUUGUUUCCGCACUUGUCGGCAAUAUAUUUUCUUGGAGAUUAUCGUCGUUUCCCUCCUUCCUCUACCGGCAACAUGACAUCGUUUCGAGCUUUUCUUACCGUCGCAGCUCCGCCUCUCUCUUCUUUCAGCACCACCGCUUCCUUUCCAACUCGCCCCAACACAUUUCCUCAACGCCGGUUGUGCAAGUUAGGUGUGAAAUGUAGCUAUGCAGAAGCAGGAAUCAGUGAUGACUCAAGAUCAGAUACAAUAGAUGUUGUUGCUGACAUCAAGAACGAAAGGAUUGUAGUGUUAGGAGGAAGUGGUUUUGUUGGUUCUGCAAUAUGUAAGGCUGCUGUAUCCAAGGGCAUAGAAGUUACAAGUCUAAGCAGGUCGGGGCGUCCUACUUACUCUUGCUCAUGGGUGAAUCAAGUUAAUUGGAUUCCAGGAGAUGUUUUCUAUGCUAACUGGAAUGAAGUACUUGUUGGAGCUACAGCUGUGGUUUCGACUCUUGGAGGGUUUGGCAGUGAGGAGCAAAUGAAACGAAUUAAUGGAGAAGCCAAUGCUAUGGCUGUAAAUGCUGCAAAGGAUUUUGGGAUUCCGAAAUUUAUCUUAAUCUCGGUCCAUGAUUACAACCUACCGUCGUUUUUACUGUCAUCUGGAUACUUCACAGGAAAGAGGAAAGCAGAAUCAGAAGUACUAUCAAAAUAUCCAAACUCCGGUGUUGUCCUAAGACCAGGAUUUAUAUAUGGAAAGAGGAGAGUGGAUGGUUUUGAGCUUCCACUUGAUCUGGUUGGGGAACCACUGGAAAAGAUUCUGAGUGCUGUCGAGAACUUUACCAAGCCUUUAAGUUCUCUUCCGGCAUCUGAUUUGAUCUUGGCUCCGCCAGUUUGCGUCGAUGAUGUUGCAUAUGCAGUCAUCAAUGCCAUAAGAGACGAUGUCUUUGGCGUUUUCACCAUUGAACAAAUCAAAGAAGCAGCAGAAAAAGUGAAAGUCUGAAUCACUUGAUCUGAUCAUGAAUAAUGAGUAAAUGCGAAGUUCAACUGUUGUACAGUGGUUAAAAAAUUACCCAUGAAUAGUGUCGAAGCAGAGAACAUAUGUAUUAUCGAGUUGAGGCCCCAUCUUUUACAAAAGA